AUGUUCAAGCUGUUGGUGCUCGCUUGCGUUCUGGCCGUGGCUGCUGCUAAGCCUGGUGCUCUGCUGUCGUACUCAGCCCCGGCUCUGUACAGCUCCUAUGCCGCCCCUCUCAGCUAUGCCGGCCCCUACGCUUACUCCAGUCCCUAUGCCGCCUACAACUACCGCCUCCCCUACACAUAUGCCGCCCCUUACGGAUACAGCUCCUACAGCUACAUCAACAACUACCGGGCUCCGAUCGGCUAUCCCGCCUACAGUUUCUACUGAUAGAAUCGUCAUGACCUGCAGCCUCAGCCCCGUUUAACAGCCAUUCCUGACAUCGUGCCCUUGAAGACUGAUUGCAUUCGAUUCCUGCAAGACGCUCCAAGAUGCCAGCAUGUGGAGCCAAUCGAGUCAAUAGAGCUUCUAAACUAAGGAUGAAAUGCAACUUGAAAAUUUGUGGAAAAUUCUUUUUUCUGGGAUAUGGGACAUCUUUGAAAGCCGAAAAUGACAAAAAUCACGAUUUC